GUCAGUCGAGUCCACCAAAAUAUAUUGUUUUUUUACUUUCUUGAAAAGUCUAUUUAUGUCUUGUAUUAGUAGUUUGUGAUUUAUGUGCAAUACUUUAAACUAGAGAAUCAUAAAAUGCUUCGUCUACGGCCUUUGCUACGGCUGGUAGGCAGAAAGUCGGAUGUUAGAACAUUUUGCAGCACCAUAGACACUACUAACACUGAUAUUCCUCGGCCGCCUGUGUACGAUAUUCAUAAACCUCAGACACUUGAGGACCGGAAAUCCAGGCUGCUUUACCAAUCUCGCAAGAGGGGAAUGCUUGAGAAUGAUCUGCUCCUAAGUACGUUUGCCCACAAGUACCUUGAUGGUUUCACUGAGGAGCAGACCAUGCAAUAUGAUCGCCUCAUUAACAUCGUGGACAAUGAUUGGGAUCUCUUCUAUUGGAUAGUUGGCAAACAACCCACUCCGGCAGAAUACGACAACGAAGUAAUGGAUAUGCUAAAGAAACAUGCGAAGAAUGAAGAAAGGAAGAUUCUCGAGAUGCCUGAAUUGAAACUUGAUUAAUGUAGUAUCUUUAAGUUUUGUAGCACUAUUUAGUACAGUAUUAAUUUCAAUUUAUUUUAAUUAAAAUAAAUUAUUUGUCGAGUGUUAAUGUUUCUCAUAAUGUGAU